UAUUGUCUUCUAGUUUCUCACAGGUGUCUCUCUUUUAUUUAGGAGUGGCUAUGAGGCUGCUUCCAAGCACUUCAAUCCAGCUGAUGUGGAGGUGAACGUGGCUGGAAGAUCCUUUCUGGUCACUGGCGCAAACAGUGGCAUUGGCAAGGCGACGGCCAAAGAGAUAGCGAGGAGAGGUGGCACGGUGCAUCUGGUUUGCCGAAAUAAGGAACGGGCUGAGGUUGCCAAAGGAGAAAUAGUAACAGAAACGGGCAAUCAGAAUAUCUUCGUGCAUGUUGUGGAUAUAUCUAAUCCCAAGGAAAUCUCGAAUUUUGCUGAAAAAUUCAAGAAUGAACAUAAAUUAAAUGUGUUGAUCAACAAUGCAGGAUGUAUGGUGAAUAAUAGAGAAUUAACUGAAGAUGGACUUGAAAAAAACUUUGCAACAAACACUUUGGGUAUGUACAUUCUGACAACUGCCCUGCUGCCCCUCCUGGAAAAAGAAGCUGAUGCCAGAGUGAUAACUGUCUCUUCUGGGGGCAUGCUAGUUCAAAAAUUAAACAUAUCUGACUUGCAGUCAGAAAGUGGGACAUUUGAUGGAACUAUGGUGUACGCACAAAACAAGAGACAGCAAGUUGUCUUGACAGAACAAUGGGCAAAAGCUCACAGAAACAUCCAUUUCUCCGUUAUGCACCCCGGCUGGGCAGACACUCCAGCUGUGAGAUCGUCAAUGCCAGAUUUCUAUCAGAAGAUGAAGAAUACCCUGCGCACAGAGGCCCAGGGAGCCGAUACUGUUGUAUGGUUGGCAGUAUCAUCUGAAGCAACAAAGUUACCGAGUGGCUUGUUCUUCCAAGACAGGCAACCAGUCCCUACGCACUUACCCCUGGCAAGCACUCACAGUCCGCCAGAGGAUGAGGAGAAGCUAAUGGAGAUGCUGGAAGAGUUCUCCCAGAAGUUUAAAUCCACUUCUCCAGGAACUUAG